AUGCCCCAACUCCUCGUGACGCUCCUGCGCGCCAGUAAUUUGCCCAUUGGCGACACGUACAUCCAAGGCAGCGUCAGUGACCCGUUCGUGACGUUCCAGCUCGACGACGAGUACUUGCGCUCGUCCUGUGUGAACGGGACGCUCGAGCCCGUGUGGCAGCCCGCCGAGACGUUUGAGUUUGAGGUGCUGCACACGUCACCGAGCAGCCCCGAGCGGCAGUUGGUGGUCCAAGUGGUCGACAACGACCGGUUCAAGUUGGACGAUCUGCUGGGGGAAGUGCGUCUACCGCUGUCACGCUUUGAACAGCGUCCGAACGAAGCCGUCCUGGAGACUUACGAGCUGCAAGUGCCCGACGCUCUGAAACAAGCGUUGGCAUCGCCGCUGCUGGACAAGAAGACGAGUAUCCAACUGGAGAUAUGCUUUGCACAGGAGACAGAUGGACAAAAGACACUGUGUGUAUGGGAGAACGAGGACUACGUGGAUGGCCAGUGGACACCUUCGCACAACAGCGAACGUCGUCAGUGGAGCACGUUGGAUCUCCAGAUCUCGUCCGACAACUUUGACCAUGUGGCACCAAAAGUACCUGAAGGCCUUGAAGGGGCCGGAUGGACGUACUCGACCAAAAAGGGCGAUGACCAUGGAUGGGUCUAUGCCAGUACCUACACAGGUCCCUGGGCGUCCACGCCGACGGCUCUGUGCUACGCGCGUCGUCGUCUCUGGCAGAACAACUGUCGUCCUGCAAUUGCGUGCGAGUAA